AUGCAGUUUAUCUUCACUAAUUUUGGUGAAAGAUUUUUUCCAAGAAUUUUUUAUGCUGAAUUACAGGGGCUGUUGAAAGUUAAUGAAGAAGGUGUGACAGUUCUUGCAUCAGAAAUCGAUGGUUGUAAAAUUAAUUUUGCAGACGAAGUAAUUCAAGCAACGGACGGUACUGUAUACUUCAGUGACCUUAGCACCAAAGUUGGACUCCACAACUGGUAUCUUGGGGUGCUCGAAGCUAAGCCUAAUGGGAGGAUUCUCAAGUACAAUCCUUCCACUAAAAAAACGACGAUACUUAUUGACAGUUUAUGCUUCCCCAAUGGUGUUGCUCUCUCCAGGGAUCAGCAUUUUCUUGUGUUCUGCGAAACAUGGAGAUUUCGAUGUCUUAAAUACUGGCUAGAGGGUAAAAACAAAGGGAAGCUUGAAGUUUUCAUGGACAACCUUCCUGGUGGACCUGAUAACAUCAAUCUUGCACCAGAUGGUUCUUUUUGGAUCGCUUUACUUCCGUUGGCGCCUAAAGGGUUUGAGUUUAUACACAAAUGGCCGAUGUUUAAAUAUGUAGUUGCACAAUUUCCGAAGCUUGUGGAGUUACUAAGGGCCGCAAACUAUAAGAGGUCAAUGGUGGUGAAUGUGGCAGCGGAUGGGAAGAAUAUCAUAAGAAAGUUUGACGAUGAAGGUGCGAAAGUGAUGCCAUUUCUCACCUCUCCUCUGGAAUUUGAAGGUCAUCUCUACUUGGGAAGUCUCGGUACCAACUUCGUAGGCAAGCUUAAGCUUCACAACUAACUAGAGCGAAUGACUCAAGCUCAUCGCAAUAUAGUGAAGCUCACUUCUCAAGUAAAUGUAAGCAAAUCAUGUUCGACUGCAAAGAAAUGAAUCUGGAAAAUUGCUUCAUGCUGCU